CAUCCCCCCUCCCUCCCUCCCUCGCCAUACACUGCCCACCAGGCCUCGCCAUUUGUCAGAAGCCAAACCACCCUAAUGUCGCCGAAGCGGCAGGCUCGGAGGUGGGCAGAAAGGCGGAGAGCCUCGGGAAAGGAACCAUCUCCACGGGAGAGGGGGAUGUAAGGGGGAGAGAGAAGGGAAGGGGCGAGUGGUGAGGGGUGAGGAUGACGAGCUAUGGACCCAUGACGAGAAACGAGGAGAAGGCAUUAAGAAUAUAAAUAUCACCAUGAUGCUCCCUCAUCUGGACCUGUGUUUGAGAAGUCCCCAGACCGAGCACCUCGCCCCUCGUCCCCCCCCUUUUUCUUCUUCCCCCAUCGUGUCUUGGUAACAUCGCCAACAUGCGGUCUCUAUUCACUGCCUUUGUUGGCCUCACUGGCCUCUUCUCCUCCGUUCAUGGAGCUCCAUCUGCGGAGCUCGUGAAGAGGGCCCCAACAUGCAACACUCCCUCCAACCGAGCUUGCUGGACCACUGGCUUCGAUAUCAACACUGAUUAUCUCGAGAAGACCCCCCUCACUGGCAAGACUGUGACUUACACCCUGGUUGUCACCGAGAUUGAUAACUGGAAGGGUCCGGAUGGCGUGGUUAAGAAGAAGGCCAUGCUGAUCAACGGAACACUCCCUGGUCCCACUAUCGUGGCAGAUUGGGGUGACAGACUCAACAUCACUGUGAUCAACAAUCUCAGGGACAACGGCACGUCGUUCCACUGGCACGGUCUCCGCCAGAUGGGCUCCAACUUCCACGACGGAGUGAACGGCGUGACCGAGUGCCCGAUCCCUCCCAAGGGCGGGAAGAGGCUCUACUCGUUCCUCGCCACCCAGUACGGCACGGGCUGGUACCACUCUCACUUCUCGGCCCAGUACGCCAACGGCGUGGUUGGCAACAUGGUGAUCAACGGGCCCGCAUCUCUCCCAUACGAUAUCGACCUCGGUGUCUUCCCCAUCUCUGAUUACUACUACGAGACUGCCGACAACCUGGUCGAGUUCACCAUGAACAACGGCCCCCCACCAAGUGACAAUGUCCUCUUCAACGGAACCAACAUCCAUCCCGUCACCGGCGCCGGCAAGUAUGCCAGGGUCAAGCUCACCCCCGGCAAGAGACAUCGCCUCCGACUCAUCAACCCCUCGGUUGAGAACCACUUCACCGUCUCCCUCGUCGACCACCAGAUGACCGUCAUCGGCACCGACUACGUCCCGUCCAACGCAUUCACCACCGAUAGCCUCUUCAUUGGAGUCGGACAGAGGUACGACGUUACCAUCGACGCCAGCAAGGCCGUCGGCAACUACUGGUUCAACGUGACCUUUGGCGGCAACGGUUUCUGCGGUCUUUCCAACAACCCUUUCCCCGCGGCCAUCUUCAGCUACGACGGUGCCCCGAACGCCAACCCCACCAAGGCUGGUACCCCCCCGGCCGACUCUCUGUGCCUCGACAACCUCAACCUGACCCCCGUUGUCCCGAGGUCCGCGCCGCCCAGCGGGUUCACCCCAAGCGCCAGCAACAAGCUUGAUGUCCACCUCGAUACCACCGGGACCCCGCUGUUCGUCUGGAGGAUCAACGGUAAUUCCAUCAAGGUCGACUGGCAGAAGCCCAUCGGCCAGUAUGUCAUGGAUGGCAACAACUCCUUCCCUGCCAACGCCAACAUUGUCAAGGUCGACGCUGUCAACCAGUGGACCUACUGGCUCGUUGAGAACGAUCCCGAUGGUGCUUUCAGUCUGCCGCAUCCGUUCCAUCUUCAUGGCCACGACUUCCUCGUCCUGGGCCGCUCGCCCGACACGCCGCCCGCGGCGCAGACUCGCUACGUCUUCAACCCGGCGACGGACAUGGGCCGGCUGAACGGCGGCAACCCCACGCGGCGCGACGUGACCAUGCUCCCGGCCAAGGGCUGGGUGCUGAUCGCGUUCAAGACCGACAACCCGGGCGCCUGGCUCAUGCACUGCCACAUCGCCUGGCACGUGUCGGGCGGCCUCAGCGUAGACUUCCUCGAGCGCGUGUCCGAGUUCAAGGCCGGCAUCACGGCUGCUGAUAAGGCCAUCUUCGAUAACAAUUGUAAUGCCUGGAGGACUUAUGCGCCGACUAACCAAUGGUCCCAGAUCGAUUCGGGUAUUUGAGGAGAUGGGGUGAGUGAUCCGAUCAUGAUCAUGAUCAUGAUGGUGGUG